AUGAUCUUACUCGCAUUCAGCUCUGGAAGAAGGUUGGAUUUCGUGCAUCGUUCGGGGGUGUUUUUCUUGCAAACCUUGCUUUGGAUUUUAUGUGCUACAGUCUGCGGAACGGAGCAGUAUUUCAAUGUGGAGCUCAGAGCACAUUGUGUCCCUUGCCAGUCAGCGACCAAAACCCUUGUUGAGUUUGCCAGUGUUCUAAGUGAUGGAUGCCUGGAGACCAACAAUCCGUUAUCCCCAGCUGCACAAAGCACCACACCGCACACUCAGAGACACAUUGUAGCACGCUGGCGCUUCUUAGCCAGGGAAGAGGCAAAGCUCUAUGUAGUGCAAAUGUGUAGCUUUGUUUGGUUACAAAAAUACGGCUACCUUCCACCGACUGACCCCAGAAUGUCAGUGCUGCGCUCUGCAGAGACCAUGCAGUCAGCUCUAGCUGCCAUGCAGCAGUUCUAUGGCAUUAACAUGACAGGAAAAGUGGACAGAAACACAAUCGACUGGAUGAAGAAGCCUCGAUGUGGUGUACCAGACCAGACCAGAGGCAGCUCUAAAUUCAACAUUCGUCGAAAGCGCUAUGCAUUAACUGGACAGAAGUGGCAACACAAACAUAUCACUUACAGUAUUAAGAACGUAACUCCAAAAGUUGGAGAUCCUGAGACCCGGAGAGCUAUUCGCCGUGCCUUUGAUGUGUGGCAGAAUGUAACUCCUCUAACGUUUGAAGAAGUUCCCUACAGUGAACUAGAGAACGGCAAACGUGAUGUGGAUAUAACCAUCAUUUUUGCUUCUGGUUUUCAUGGAGACAGCUCUCCCUUUGAUGGGGAGGGAGGAUUUUUGGCACAUGCUUAUUUCCCUGGACCAGGAAUUGGAGGCGAUACUCAUUUUGAUUCUGAUGAGCCAUGGACACUGGGAAAUCCCAAUCAUGAUGGCAACGAUUUAUUUCUUGUAGCAGUCCAUGAACUGGGACAUGCUCUAGGACUGGAGCAUUCCAACGACCCCACCGCUAUCAUGGCCCCAUUUUAUCAGUACAUGGAAACAGACAACUUCAAGCUUCCUAAUGACGAUUUGCAGGGCAUCCAGAAGAUAUAUGGUCCGCCUGACAAGAUCCCUCCACCGACAAGACCUCUGCCGACAGUGCCCCCUCACAGAUCUGUUCCUCCUGCUGACCCAAGGAAAAAUGACAGGCCCAAACCUCCUCGGCCUCCUACUGGCCGACCUUCCUAUCCAGGAGCCAAACCCAACAUCUGCGAUGGGAACUUCAACACUCUCGCUAUUCUUCGAAGGGAAAUGUUUGUUUUCAAGGACCAGUGGUUUUGGCGUGUGAGAAACAACAGGGUGAUGGAUGGAUACCCCAUGCAAAUUACUUACUUCUGGCGGGGCCUUCCUCCAAGUAUUGAUGCAGUUUAUGAAAACAGUGAUGGAAAUUUCGUCUUCUUUAAAGGUAACAAAUACUGGGUAUUCAAAGACACAACUCUUCAACCUGGUUAUCCUCAUGACUUGAUUACCCUUGGGAAUGGAAUCCCCCCUCAUGGUAUUGAUUCUGCCAUAUGGUGGGAAGAUGUUGGCAAAACCUAUUUCUUCAAAGGUGACAGGUAUUGGAGAUACAGUGAAGAAAUGAAAACCAUGGACCCUGGCUAUCCCAAGCCCAUUACCAUCUGGAAGGGGAUCCCUGAAUCACCUCAGGGAGCUUUCGUCCACAAAGAAAAUGGCUUUACCUAUUUCUACAAAGGAAAGGAGUAUUGGAAAUUCAACAACCAGAUACUCAAAGUAGAACCUGGAUAUCCAAGAUCUAUCCUCAAGGACUUUAUGGGCUGUGAUGGACCAACAGACCGAGAUAAAGAAGGACUCAGCCCACCAGAUGAUGUAGACAUUGUCAUCAAACUGGACAACACAGCCAGCACUGUGAAAGCCAUAGCUAUUGUCAUUCCCUGCAUCUUGGCCUUAUGCCUCCUUGUAUUGGUUUACACUGUGUUCCAGUUCAAGCGGAAAGGAACACCCCGCCACAUACUGUACUGUAAACGCUCUAUGCAAGAGUGGGUGUGAUGUAGGGCUUUCUUUUUUCUUUCUUUUCUGGGAGUUUGUGGUAACUUGAGAUUCAAGACAAGAGCUGUUAUGCUGUUUCCUAGCUAGGAGCAGGCUUGUGGCAGCCUGAUCGAGGCUGACCUUCCAAACCUAGGUGGUUGCUGGUCCUGCACAUGAGUGGAAAUAUAUUCAUGGAGAAGCUUCCAUGACGCACAGUAUCUGCCGUUCUUCAGUCCUCUGUCUUUCUUUGUCAUUCAGUUCUAGGCCUUUCCUCUGCACGCUCAAUGCCCAGUAAAAAUUUCAGGAUUAACUGAAGAAGA